GUCAAACAGAAACAUCCACAUUUUCAAAAAUGAAAAUUGCACAGAAAACCAAAAUUACACAGCACGAAAACAAGAAGAAGAAACUAAGUAAACCCAAAAAAGAACAUGUGUUAAUUGUAGCGCAAGAAAUAAAGUUCGCCAGAUUGCUGUCUGGAAAUGAAAAGAAAACUCGCGAUCGCGCGCUCAAAACAUUAAAAAAAUGGCUUUUAAACUGUUUUGAGAAGGGUUAUGAAUUCAAAGAAGAUGACUUCGCGCGCAUUUGGAAGGGUCUAUUCUACGCGGUGUGGAUGUCUGACAAACCACUCAUACAGGAGGAACUGUGUGAGAGCAUAGCCGGGAUUCUGGACCAGUUUUCCAGUGAGCAGUACCGUCAUGCCCUGCUGAUGGUCAAAGUUGGCCUUAAGGCGGUGGCGACCGAGUGGCAUGGUAUCGACCACCAUCGCAUGGACAAAUCUCUCAUGCUGGUUCGAAGAUAUCUUCGGGGUAGCCUGCGCUGCGUAGCCCGUUGCGGGUGGAGCGAGCAGGCGUGCCGUCAGUACGCUAAAAUGUUAUCUGGACCCGACGGUAUUUUGGCCGUAAAGACACCACUGUACGCCCGCAACGCCACAUCAAUGAUUUUACAUAUCAUCGAUUGUUACCUAGAAGAAAUUGCAAAGGUAUCACAAGGCAACAUUCCGGCGGACAGCGUGGCGGAGCUCCUGCGGCCGCUGUGCGUGUACAUGUGCGCGGGGGGCGAGGCGGGGGUGUGCGCCGCGUGCCGCCGGGCGCUCACCGCGCUCGUGAGGCAGUCGGAGCUGGGGCUGCAGUACCAGGGCAGGGCCGCCGCCUGGCAGCAGAUGGGGUGCCCGGAAGGUGGUCCGGAUGCGUUACAACUGGUGUCUGAUGAUGAUGAUGAUGAUGAAGAAGUCCCAGAUGAAGAAUCCGAUGGUGAGGAAAGGGAACGCAUCCUGGACCCCCGCGCGGGUCGUGUGGACGUGGUGCUGUCCCCGCUGCCAGUGCCGAGCGCGCGGCUCGCCAGCAUGCUCGGCGAGCUGCUCGCCAGCACCGGCUCCAAGGCGCACAAGCGAGCCAAGAUAUGUAUGCAGAGGUUCCAGCAACUAGCGAACAAGGAGUACCCUCUGGCCAUCAAACCGGAGGAGGUUCCAGCAGAGGUGGUGGUGAAGCCCAAAGUGGGCCGCGCUGCGAGAUCUCUGCUCACCCUGGAGAAGACACUGCUGCCGGCGUCUGAUGAACUCGCUCUUAGAGGUCUAAGCCGUAAACAUCGUAAGCGACUGCUGGCUAAAAGUCGAGCUGGACUGAGUAUCGUCGAGGACGUCGCCGCGCUGACCGCCACACAUAACAACGCUGCCGGUGACUGGAAAGUCGAGGAAGCGGCCGAAGGGAAGAACACGAAGGGCAAACCCGAAGACACGUCCAACAAAGAAAAUGUCAACAAGAAAAAUAAAAAACGGAAAGCGGACAAAGAGAACGGAGACAGCCCCACGAAGAAAAAAAAAGUAGACGAUACACUCGUCGAGAACAACAAAAUACAAAAGCAAAAAAAUAAAAAACAAGCGAAAUCCGAGCCCAAAUUGAACGCACAAAAAGGUGACGCGAAAAAUAUACAAAAAACACAAUCUGGCGCGCAGAAACCAGAAAAACAUAUUCAAAAAUCGAAAAACGCCCCUACAAUAAUAAAAGAAAAAUCCAAAACGGACAAACCUAAACUGGACAUGGAAAAACCUAAACCAGAGACGGCUAAACAGAAAAAACCCGAGCCAGAAAAAAAACAAAAUAGCGCCAUCAAAGUUAAAAACGCGCCAACUCUCGUAACGAAAAAGGCCAAAAUAUAUCAAAAACAGUUGUCCCCUAAGGAAAAAAAGGAUAAAACCUCAUUUGACACGCCCAAAAAGGUGAAAUUCGUUCUUAAAAACAAUUCGAUGCAAGGUACAAUUGAUUACUACAAAAGUGUGAGGCAAAGUCCCAAAAUUCCUUUCGACAGCAGUCGGAAACCUUCGAAGACCAAUUUGAAGCCAUCUACACCGUCUCCUAUAAACCCCUUCUUCAAAAAAAAGUGGAAAAUUACUCAUUAAAAAGAACCUUUAAAAUUAUCGAUUGCAUACAACACACAGAAACAAUAACUCAAUUUAUUUAUUUAUUCAAUCUUACAACUCUCAUUACAGGUAUACACCCAAUACGACAGUGAAGCAAUCUUAAACACUAAACAUUAUUACAACAACAAAAUUACAUAAUAUCAUUGAUAACAAAUCACAAACAUGGUGGCUUUUGCGAAUUCACUCAGAGAGCAGCAGAAUAGGUCAAUUGUCUCUGCUACAGUGUUAAGAUUGCGCAAUGCGCGUGUGAACGGCGCCUGCCCGAGCAGGUUAGUGCGUGAGCGCGGCACCGCCAAUUAUCUGAACACCGCAGAAAUCAAUAUAACAGCAUCGCGCCUGUAUCCCCCAAGGGCUAGGCAGAGGUGUAUACUACACGCACUCCUCACCAGCUAUAAGUUUCGUAUCUUCUCUUGUGUGGAUUGUGAGGUGAAUUACCAACCUCAUCAACCCUGGUGUCAGGGUUACUAUAAGUCGCCAUAGGUCCCUGACAUGACUCAUGUAACGAGUUCAAAACCCAAUUCGAAUUCAGUGGUUUACAGCCCGAGUCGGGAUUCGAACCCGGAAUUUAAUUUAAUUACCCGAAAUGUAAGUUAGUCCUCCAAAGCCAUUAUGGAUUUUAAAACCAAUAGUUUUAUCUUUACUUUAUGUAGUUUGAUACAUUGUAUAAUCUAUGGUAUAUCAUCAUCGCUAAUUUAAGAGCCACGCUCUUGUCGGUGUAGCAUUCUCCAUGCUACUUUUUUAGCGAAAAAUAGGGCAGUGGUUUCCCUCUUGCCUUCCGCCCCGCAGUACUCUGACGCCCAGACGGGAUGGCGCCCAGAGUAGUCAAUUUCAAAGCCGUACUAGGACUCCUGUCCGCCUCAAAUGUCUAUGGAAUAUAGCAAGCUAAAAAUAUCAUCAAAAUCGGUCGAGCCGUUUUCGUAUUUUUGCGAGACUUACGCACUGUAAUUACCUAUUAUAAAUACGUAACAGAUUUUCUACAAUGACAAAAAAUAAUGAAAUAAUAAAUAUUAUUUUAACAUUUCCAAUAAUGCUGUUACUAGCAUUAUCUUUACGAAGUCCAUAAUUUUGCGCUGGCAACAUCGAAUAGUGUUAUUUGAUUGGAGAAAUGGAAUCAAUGUUGCCGAGUUAUGUAAAAUAAAUUAAUUCUGGGGUGUUUAAGCAGAUGUUACUUAGACAAUUUGUUAAAUUUGGUUCAUGUAUUAAAUAUAGUUUUAAGUAUUAAAA